AUGACGAUCAAGAAAUCGAGGUGGAUGGGUGCGGAGGAGGGGGUGCAGAUUAGUUGGCACACAGGAAUUACAAUUCUCAUAAAUACCUAUCUAUCUGUCAAUCUAUGUGGCUCUAUAUUUAUCUCAAUCUGUUUACAUCUACGUAUACUUCUAUCUCUAUCACUCUGCUCAUAUCUAUCUAUCUAUCUAUCUAUCUAUCUAUCUAUCUAUCUAUCUAUCUAUCUAUCUAUCUAUUUAUCUAUCUAUCUAUCUAUCUCAUUCCUUUCAAAUAUAUUUCUGUCUGUCUGUCUCUGUCUGUCUGUCUAUCUAUCUAUCUAUCUAUCUAUCUAUCUAUCUUUCACACUCUUUUUAAUAUAUUUCACAAUCUUUCUCAUUCUGUUUAUUUCUGUUUCUAACUCGGUUCAGAUCUAUCUAUCUAUCUAUCUAUCUAUCUAUCUAUCUAUCUAUGUCUGCUCAAAUCUAUUCAUGCAGUCUGUAGUAUCUAUCUAUCUAUCUAUCUAUCUAUCUAACACAAGUUUUUACUCUCACAAUAAUUUUUUAACAGCCUGUCUCUCUAAGUCAUUUCCUAUCUAUCUAUCUAUCUAUCUAUCUAUCUAUCUAUCUAUCUAUCUAUCUGUCUAUGUGUCCUAUUAUGUGUCACUGUUUCAGACUAGUUUGAUAUUUCUGGAGCUAAACAUCUGCUGUUGA